AUGCAUUACCAAAUCCUAGCCACCACGUUAUGUUUCUUCUACUUCACCCACGGCUUCCUCUUAGACGGCUCGGCUAAUUCGUUCUCGCAAUUCAGAAAAUGGGGUGGCGGCACCAACGGGAGUUUAGAGUUCGAAUUCAAGACUGACCAGCCGAACGGGUUGCUGCUGUACACCGACGACGGUGGUACCUAUGAUUUUUUCGAGAUAAAGCUAGUAGAGGGCGCGCUGCGGUUGCGGUACAAUUUAGGUGGCGGUGCUCAGAUCAUCACGGUUGGUAGGGACCUGAAUGACGGGCAUUGGCACAAGGUGCACGUCCAAAGGCACGAAGACCGGACAAUAUUGACGGUGGACGGGGUGUCGCAGAUGCGCACCUCCAGAGGAAAGGAGUUCAACUUCGGGCGGUUCACUACAAAUUCGGACGUGUUUGUCGGCGGGAUGCCCACGUGGUAUAAUACGAAAUUGACGUUGCUCGCGUUGCCGAGUGUGAUUUUCGAGCCGCGGUUUGUGGGGGCGGUCAGGAAUUUGAUUUAUCCGGACGUGGAGGGCGGUACGCCGAGGAGGCAGGAGACCAGGCCUAAAGAUCAUAGGAUUAUGCGGGGAAAUAGUACGAGCGACGCGUGUGAAACUAGAGACCCCUGUCAACACGGGGGCAUCUGCAUUUCGACGGACAGCGGCCCCAUUUGUGAGUGUCGGAAUCCAGAUUACGAGGGAGAAUAUUGCGAAAAGGAUAAAGCGCCUUCAGAAGCUGUCUUCCGCGGUACGGAAUUCCUUUCAUACGAUUUGAGUCAAACAGGGGGCGAACCAAUAGUUAGUGCACAGGAUUCUGUAACUUUCUAUUUCAAGACGAGGCAGCCAAAUGGAUUGCUCUUUUACACCGGUGACGGUAACGACUACUUGAACGUGGCAAUCAAGGAGGGGAUUCUCAGCCUCACAAUGGGUCUAUCGAAUGGUAAACAAGAAAUGCAAAUCAAGCCCAAUAAAGUGCGCUUCGAUGACAAUCAAUGGCACAAAGUUAGCAUACAUAGGAGGAUACAAGAGAUAUCGGCUAUAACUGCAUUUUGUAGGUUAUCAGCGGUUGUAGAUGGGGUGUACGCUGAUCACUCCCACAUAGCGGGAAAAUUCACGAUGCUCUCAUCGAGUCGCGUCUACGUAGGAGGCAGUAUCAACACGAGAGCGCUUCCUGGGGCCAGAGUACACAACAACUUCGUGGGAUGUAUGAGAAAAGUGGAGUUCGUUGCAGACACAUUGAGGUUAAACCUACUGGAAUUGGGCAGGUCGGGCAGCCAUCUUAUCCAAGUGGUCGGCAGACUGGACUACAAAUGUCCUGCGGGAGAAACUCAUGACCCUGUCACGUUCACCACAAGAGAAUCACAUUUGAUCCUGCCGCCGUGGAACGCCAAGAAAUCUGGAAAUAUUUCUUUCAAGUUUCGCACGAACGAAGCCAAUGGAUUGAUACUUUUCAACGGUGGAAUUAGGCCGCCAAGGGCGGACUUGUUAGGGGUUGAAAUCUACAACGGCCACAUAUACGUGCACAUAGAUCUUGGUUCCGGCCCGUCGAAACAACGCGGAUCGAGGAGGCGGAUCGACGACGGCAAUUGGCACGAAUUCACUUUCAGACGGACCGGAAGAGACUCUAGGAUAACGGUCGAUGGCCUGCAUACGGAUUUCAAGACUGUCGAAGGUUCCUCGAGUCUGGAGCUGGACGGAAACAUGUACGUGGGCGGUUUGGGCCCACCGUUCUCCGAAAUCCCCGUUCCCGCGGGGCUCUGGACAGCGGUCCUUCAACAAGGAUUCGUCGGAUGCUUCAAGGACCUCGUUAUGAACAAUGAGGCCGUGGACGUGGCGAGUUUCGCCAGGGAGCAGGAUUCAGGUUCGAUAAGAACCCUGUGCCACACCCAACCUCAACAAUGCCCGUCCCAACCAUGUUUGAACGGAGGUACCUGUGCAGAAGGAUGGAAUAGGUUCAUUUGUGAUUGUACCAACACCUUAUUCAGUGGACCCACGUGCGGUAAAGAAGCACCCACUCUUAGUUUCAACGGUACCCAGCACAUGGAAGUUACCAUGGAUACAGAGCAAGUGACCCAGACUGAAGAUAUUAUCUUACGAUUCAGAACGAGUAAACCACUCGGAUUGCUGCUGAUCACCUCCACGGUCGAGACCGGAGACAGAAUCGAGUUGGCCGUGGCGGCGGGGAGGAUCCGCCUGGCGCUGCGACUCGGGGUCAGGGAGAAAAAGAAAGAGGACAGGGAGAAGGAUAAGAUUUUGCUGGCCGGCCAAAAUGUCAACGACAACGAAUUCCACACCGUGAGAUUAUCCAGAAGAGGUUCUAAUUUAAAGUUGCAGCUGGACGGCCAAUCUCCUAUAAGAGCCGAGAUUCAAGGAAAAUUCAUAUCCCUACAGUGGCGUACUGUUCAUCUGGGAGGGCUGUACCAUCUAGAAGAAGAAAUCAGCAUGUCCACAACGGUUCCUAACUUCGUCGGUGAUAUCCAGCAAUUUUAUUUCAACAAUAUCCCAUAUAUAGAACUGGCCAAGGCCCUGAGUACAGAACAAUCCAUAGCUGGAUUUCCAAAUAUUAAAAUUGCCGCGAAAUUCGUUAAACACGCGACCGACAACCUGCAUCGGCCGGUGACGUUUCGAUCGAAGCACACCUUCAUCGGUCUACCGAUGUUGAGGGCUUAUUCUAGCAUACAUAUCGAUUUCAUGUUCAGGACCAGAGAGGCGAACGGACUGAUUUUAUUCAAUGGUGGCAAGAAAGAGGACUUCGUGGCUGUCGAACUAGUUGACGGGCAUAUCAAUUAUAUCGUCAAUGUUGGAGAUGGCACUGUUACUUUAAGAGAUACUCAUCGAUCUCAUCUGAACGACAAUCGUUGGCACACAGUAGGAAUACGACGUCCGUCUGUCAAACAACACACCCUCAUGGUCGAUGAUGAUGUCGUCAUUGCUGCCAACCAUGGGACAGGAAACUUGGAACUCGAUGGUAUCCUGUACUUGGGAGGCGUAUACAAAGACUUGUACCCACUAUUACCUCAAGAGGUGAUCAAAUCAACGCAUGGUUUCGAGGGGUGUAUAGCAGGUCUUGAUCUUAACGGGGAAUCCCCACAUAUCGUGGAAGAUGCUGUGGUGCAUAGCUCGCAGGUGGUGUCAGGAUGUGAAAGUCAAUCUGCAAAAUGUAGCCACAACGUUUGCGCCAAUGCUGGUAAAUGUGUUCAACAGUGGACAUCGUACACAUGCGACUGUGAUAUGACUUCUUUUACAGGACCUACGUGCUCUGAUGAAUCAGUUUCAUACGAGUUCGGGCCCAACAGAGGUAUCAUAAUCUACACAUAUCCUGAAGACAACAUGCCAGAAAUGCAAGAGGAUACCAUAGCCCUCGGGAUCAUGACUUCCAAAUCCGAUUCUGUUUUACUGAGAAUCGUCAGUGGGACUUCAAACGACUAUAUCGAAAUGUACAUUGUGGAGGGCAACGUUUUCGUUGUAUACAAUUUAGGUUCCAGCGAUCUUCUUCUCGGAGAGAUUUCAGUAAAAGUCAAUGAUAAUGCAUAUCACGUAAUUAGGUACAAUAGACAAGGACACAAUGCUACCCUGCAAGUAGAUGAUUACAAUGUUCAAACGGUUCAUCCUUUAGGUCAUCAACUGCAAGUGUUCAACACCCAGUCCCAAAUUCAAAUAGGAGGCAAGUGGACCAAAAAGGGUAGAAUAGAAAGACCGUUUUCCGGAAAAAUUUCCGGAGUAGUGGUAAAUGGACUGAGAAUAUUGGAUUUAGCUGCUGAAAAAGACUUACACACCUCCAUCAGGGGAGACGUACAACUCACGCAGAUGGAUAGGCAUGAACAUUUACAGAAAAUGCAACAGACGCCAGCCUCGGGCUUUCCGGGCCUGGAAGACGACCUGGUGUUCAGCGGAGCUGGUUCUGGAUGCAACAACGGCGACGACGAAGACGAAUGUCCUCCCCUUCCAGAAACUGGAUCAGGCGAUGACGAUCUGAUCACUCCAGUAUUUAUCCCACCAACUAGACCACCACCGACGAAAAAGCCUAAGAAUAACGUGGACGGUGGAGACGAUAAGAAGCCUUGCGACGACGAGGAUUGCUUCCAAGGCUCUGGAUCUGAAGAGACUACCGAGGAGUCGACUACGAAAGCUACAGAUCAAACAGAGUCAACAAUGACGACGGAUAACUCCAGUUAUCACAGCACCGAUGGCGAAUCGACAGUAUCUUCCCAUUCAACCGGAAGUUCGAUAGUUAACAUAACCUCGAUGAUAUCCAGAACCACGGAACAAGAUACAACAAUCACAGAACAUCACACUACCAGGAUCUAUACGACAGUUCCGACCACGUCCACUGAAAUCGUGGCUUACACUACACCUUCGUCGCUUAGUACCACGACUCAACGAUUGGCCACCAACAUUAUACAUUCCCUACCGGAGACUCCGCCCGUCAAGCACCCCUACACGCCUAAAGAACACGAUCGGGUCAAUUCGGAGACUUCCGAGUUUGUAGCUUUGAUUAUAGGCAUAAUAGCUGGAGCCCUCAUAGCUGUCAUCCUGGUCAUUUUGGUGAUCCUCAAAUUCAAAUCGCGAAGCGACCGCUCGUACAAAGUGGAAGAGUCCAAAGGCUACCAGCAAGGCCCUAACGCGGCCCUAUUGGGCAGCACUUCUAGUUCGAACGGCCACCACCAGGCACAGUACCAACUGAACGGGUCGCUGCGUAACGGCGACAAAUCGGCGCAACUGGCUGCGCAACAAAAGCAGAAAAAACGCGAUAGCAAGGACAUCAAAGAGUGGUACGUGUAA